GCAUUUUAUCCACCCCGCCCAUUGGAAGUAACGAUUGAGCAGGCAUGUAAGAUUUUUGAAUGUUUUCACCUUUCAUAGCAGAGUGGCAUGGGUUCUUGUUCUUCUGGCUACACCCACUGAGAUGGUAUUUAAGUUGGAGUCCCCCACCAUCCUUUCAUCAGUCAGCUUAGAAGCACAACAAGACCUCAGCCUACCGCACCAGGAACAAAAACAACCAAGUGGACGGCAUUUCACCAAGAACCAUGUCUGUGGAAACUUCAGCAACUUUCUCUGUUCUUCUGAUCAUAAUCUCAUCGACAAUGGCCCAGGAGUGCUCACAGCCCUGCGCCUGCCCUGCAGACCCCCCUCCCUGCCCAGUGGGUACCAGCUUGGUACUCGAUGGCUGCGGUUGCUGUAAAGUGUGUGCCAGGCAAUUAGGAGAGCCCUGCAAUCUUCUCGAGCCCUGCGACCACCACAAGGAGCUCUACUGUGACUACGCACUGCUGAGUGACACAGACACUGGCAUCUGCAUGGCUCAAGAAGGUCUGCCGUGUGACCUGGGUGGAGUCAUCUACCACAGCGGGGAAUCCUUCCAACCAAGCUGUAAACACCAAUGCGUGUGUAUGAAUGGCGAGAUCGGAUGUGUGCCGACGUGUCCCGGUAACGUCAGGUUGCCGUCCCCCGACUGUCCGUACCCUCGCCGCAUCAACAUUCCGGGAAAGUGCUGUGAGGAGUGGGUGUGUGACCAGACGCCUCAGGACCACCUCUAUGAGUCAGUGAUGGGUGGAGCCUCUCAGAUUCAUCCACUGCCUUCUUCACAAGCCAUCCCAGGAUUCAGAGAGGUGCCCGUUCACGGGCCACAACCAGAGAGUCCCAGAGAUAACUGUAUAGUCCAAACGACAGAGUGGAGCGAGUGCUCGGCCAGCUGUGGCAUGGGGGUCUCAUCCCGCAUUACUAACGACAACCAGCGCUGUCAGCUGGAAAGACAGACAAGGGUCUGUUUGAUUCGACCCUGUGACACCCAGCAGGAGAAAGAAAUUAAGCGAGGCAAGAAAUGCGUGCGGACACCUAAGGCCCAAAGAGGGAUGCACUUCGAGUUGUCAGGCUGUACCAGCACCAGGCUAUACAAACCAAAGUUCUGCGGCGUUUGUACGGACAACCGAUGCUGCACGCCUCACACAACCAUCACCGCUGAGGUGGAGUUCCGCUGCCCAGAGGGAGACGUGUUUAGGAAAAAAAUGAUGUUCAUCAAAACGUGCUCUUGCCACUUUGACUGUCCGCGGGACAAUGACAUCUUCCUAGCUUCCAACACACGGAGGAUGAUCGGUGACUAUGACCACAACAUGUGAUAUUAAGAAGGCCUUUUAUAAUGAUCGCAUCCUGCCGCACCUUUUGCCCCAGUCUGACCACUACACAAAUAUUCAAUCAAUCUAAAGCCAGCCUACAGUAAUUUGUUGCUGUACAUUAUUAUAGCAGAUGACUGUGUCUAGAGUCGGUACAAUUUGGCUCAUCAAGUUUUGCCCUUAAAGAUUUUGAACCAUUGACUCUUAAGGAAUGUCUCCUCAAGUCUGACAAUGCACACAGGAUGUGUAGUUGGUGAAAAGACUGUCAUAUGCUAUUGUAGUUAGUAUAUUUGGUCCAAAGGAAAAGUAUUCAGGGUAAUCCAUUUGUUCAAACUAACUACAACUAGUCACUGAUGGUGUCGUGGACUUUGUGCAGGUUUUGUGGGUUUAAUUCCCACUCAGAGACAGUGUGAAUGUGGAUGCGGAUGGCUGCCAGUCUCCAUGUGAUUGAAUCGUGACCAAUUCAGGGUCUACUUGCCUUUCGGAUAGAACAGGGGUGUCAAAUGUACAGUCCGCAUGCAGAAUAAUUUAGUGUGUGGUUAUCAGUCAGCACAAACUAUUAAAGCCGAAAGCAAUAUGGCAUAUGUAGUAAACAAGAUGAGAAAACAAAACUUACCAAGCAGCACCUGACAUGUGUCUUACAAAAGUCUGGAGCACACUUGCUUAUUCACCAGCCGGUGAGUAAGCCUGUGUGUGGGGGCGGGUUUUGGCGCAGCACGUCACAUGAGUGACACAUCCAAACACUAUUAUGAUGAGUGCUAACUACACAUACGUUAAGAUAAUGUCAUACAGUGGGGCAAAUAAGUAUUUAGUCAACCACUAAUCGUGCAAGUUCUCCCACUUGAAAAUAUUACAGAGGCCUGUAAUUGUCAACGUGGGUAAACCUCAACCAUGAAAGACAGAAUGUGAAAAAAAAAAAAGGAAAAUCACAUGUUUGAUUUUUAAAGAAUUAUUUUGCAAAUCAUGGUGGAAAAUAAGUAUUUGGUCAAUAAGUUCAUCUCAAUACUUUGUUAUGUACCCCUUUGUUGGCAAUAACGGAGGCCAAACGUUUUCUGUAACUCUUCACAAGCUUUUCACACACGGUUGCUGGUAUUUUUUCCCAUUCCUCCAUGCAGAUCUCCUCUAGACCAGUGAUGUUUUGGGGCUGUCGUUGGGCAACACAGACUUUCAACUUCCUCCACAGAUUUUCUAGGGGUUGCAAUCUGGAGACUGGCUAGGCCACUCCAGGACCUUGAAAUGCUUCUUACGAAGCCACUCCUUUGUUGCCCUGGCUGUGUGUUUGGGAUCAUUGUCAUGCUGAAAGACUCAGCCACGUCUCAUCUUCAAUGCCCUUGCUGAUGGAAGGAGAUUUUCACUCAAAAUCUCUCGCUACAUGGCCCCAUUCAUUCUUUCCUUUAAACAGAUCAGUCGUCCUGGUCCCUUUGCAGAAAAACAGCCCCAAAGCAUGAUGUUUCCACCCCCAUGCUUCACAGUGGGUAUGGUGUUUUUCGGAUGCAUUUCAGUAUUCUUUCUCCUCCAAACACGAGAACCUGUGUUUCUACCAAAAUGUUCUAUUUUGGUUUCAUCUGACCACAACACAUUCUCCCAGUACGAUCAUCCAAAUGCUCUCUAGCGAACCGCAGACGGGCCUGGGCGUGUACUUUCUUUAGCAACCUUUGUUACUGUGGUCCCAGCUCUCUGUAGGUCAUUCACUAGGUCCCCCCGUGUGGUUCUGGGAUUUUUGCUCACCGUUCUUGUUAUCAUUUUGACGCCACGGGGUGAGAUCUUGCAUGGAGCCCCAGAUCGAGGGAGAUUAUCAGUGGACUUGUAUGUCUUCCAUUUUUCUAACAAUUGCUCCCGCAGUUGAUUUAUUUACACCAAGCAUUUUACCGAUUGCAGAUUCAGUCUUCCCAGCCUGGUGCAGGUCUACAAUUUUGUCUCUGGUAUCCUUCGUCAGCUCUUUGGUCUUGGCCAUAGUGGAGUUUGGAGUGUGACUGACUGAGAUUGUGGACAGGUGUCUUUUAUACCGAUAAUGAGUUAAAACAGGUGCCAUUAAUACAGGUGACGAGUGGAGCCUCGUUAGACCUCAUUAGAAGAAGUUAGACCUCUUUGACAGCCAGAAAUCUUGCUUGUUUGUAGGUGACCAAAUACUUAUUUUCCACUCUAAUUUGGAAAUAAAUUCUUUAAAAAUCAAACAAUGUGAUUUUCUGGGGUUUUUUUCCACAUUCUGUCUCUCAUUGUUGAGGUUUACCCAUGUUGACAAUUACAGGCCUCUCCAAUGUUUUCAAGUGGGAGAACUUGCACAAUUAGUGGUUGGUUAAAUACUUAUUUGCCCCACUGUAUCCCUCUUCUAGAGUGCCAACAAAACUGAAAAGGAUUUUACAACAUUUAUACAAAUCAGUGACAACGGACAAAAUUGUCAAAUGUAUCAUUUUCAACUUUUUCCCAGUUUAAAAAUAAUUUCCAACCAUGGCCACAUACUGGCCACAUACAGACAAGUCGGUGCACAAGUGUGUAUUGAUGUGCCCAACGAAUAUUUGUAAUUGACAAAAAGCCACAACCAUGUGGAGAUGCUGAAAGACUGCGGGUGUCCCAUAGAUAACCCCCAAAGUGUAGUUUAAUUUUCCUUGUUGGGACUCAUUUGGUCCAUGAUAAAACGUAUAUUUGUAUCUUCCAUCCUGAAUGGUCCAAAGACACACUUAUAGCAUGCACGACUAAGUGUUGCUGAUAAAGUUGAUGAUGUCAAAUGUAUUAAAAAAAAAAAAAAAUCAUAAGACAAGUUUGGCAGCCAGCAAACACGAAACUAUUGUGAAUGCUUUGAGACUAUGUACAGUUUUGUACUAUAAUUUAUCUUUAAUGCUGACUGUAUAUUGUAUAUGAUAUUGUUCAAGUUUUUCCACUGUAACCACCUGACUAAGAUACUGAGUACUUGUCUUUUGCACUUUUGUCUCUUUUUCCUCAAUAAACAAAGUAUAUUUUUAUAGAUAUGGUGUUGUCAUUCAUGCCAGUAAACCCGUAGUUACUGCGGUCUUUCCAGAUUAGCGUACCGCACAAAUGCUAUUUUUAGACCACGAUGUCGCCACC